CUGCUUUAUUUCAGGUCAGCCUCGUCUUGAUGUUGAUGAUCCUCUGUGUCAAAGGAAGAGUUGUCGACUCUACGGAUAGGCGAAAAGUCUGUCUCUCGGUCCUGUUCUUAUUUAUUCUCAUUAUUGCAAUCGCCGGGACCUGGGUUGUAGCCGCCAUUUACGUCAAACAUCCUGAGAACAACAAUUGGCAAUACGUGUUCGCAGGCGCCUGUGCGUUACAGGGACUUUUGCUGCUUGCGUACUGUCUUUUGGACCAGAAUAUAAAGAAUUUUACCUAUCAUUAUGAGAUCAAGAAGAUCCAGAAAAAGGAAAAACGGAAUUAUUAUAGCACCACGGAUACAGUUCAGUAUUACGGAGCAGAUGCAGUUGACGGGAAGUACCGAGUGACCAGGCCUUCUAUCAAAGAGUCAAAUACAGAUCUCCGCGGCUCAUCCAAGAGACUGUCCCGGAUAGGUUCCACUACAGGGGUCUUUGAAGAUGAACCCGAUUACCCACCCCCAAUUAUGGACACUCCUGCCUCCAUAGAUAGCGUGCUGAAAAGGAACAUCGAAGGAGAGCCGAUUCCAGAAACGCCCAUGGGUGAGGUCAUCCACUUGCAAACGUUCCCUAAUCGGAAAGGAAGCUCGUCUUAUUACUCGUCGAUUCCUUCCGAGUCUGCCAGCGACAGGCGUCCGGACGGAGCCGAAGAGCCCGACUUGGCCAUCGGAGAAAGAAGAUUUUCUAAGUCGAGCGUGCGCAAGAGUGCGGACACGUUGCUGUCGAGUCACUCCAAGUUACAACAGAUUCCUGAGAGAGAGCCACUGAUGAAUUCUGGGUACCAUCGACCAGCGGAUUCGCCUCCGCCAUAUAGCAAUGCAAAAGAACGCUCCCGGCCUUAUGAGUUCAAGAGCAAAUCACCAUUCGAAGAAGACCACUCCAUCAACAGGUCCAUGGACACAUCUCUAAACUCCUCGCAACGCAAGUCGCGUCGUUCACGCCGAAGACUCGAAGAAGAGUUCGGAAAAUGCGACCGGGAAGCGAUCGCACAAAGGAAGAAGAGCUUACGCUACUCGUCGGGUUUCUUCAGUGGCGUGACAGUCGAUCAAGACCCACACAAAGUGGAAAAACCACACGCAAGUCUUUGAAUAUUAGUUUAUUUUUGCAAUUGAAGAAGGUGUGAUACAUCGUGGUCCUGCUAUUCUGCCAUUGGUUGUAUAAUACCACGUGAAUGUCACGUGUACCCUGCAGCGCGAAUCACCAUAUUUGGUACAGAUUGCAGGCGUUUAACCUUGAGAUGUACAGUGACUUCUAUGGCGUCAUCGAACGGACAGUUUAUAUCGAAAAUAAAAUAUGUAUUAGCGCUUAAAAGACAUGGAAUCCCAGACAUAUCGACACUGUAUUCUCUCCAGUCAGGAGGCAGUUCCUUGCAGUAAUUCAGGAAUUUUCUUAUUCACUUUUUAAAGCGUUCACCUCGCUAACAUGGACGGUAGGUAUCUCGGCACCAACUGAACAACUUGGAGAGAAUGUUCUCAAACUCAUUAAUAAUUCAUCGCGUUAAACAAAGUAAACCAUGACCGUGACGAUGUUUGGAUAUCUGAUCUUAAUAAGUAUAGAUUUUUUCCGAUUUUAUCUCUCCGUUUUCGCUAUAGUUUAGUUGCGAUUGAGAAGAUAUAUCAAACACUCAAGACAGUGCUUCAUCACAUUUCCAAACAUCUUGAGGUUCGUCAAAAAUAC